ACCGAGCCGGGGAGGUGCUCCAGUUGCCCCAGUUGGAUCCAGUGGGUGUGAGCUUCUAUUUAAACGCCGGUUGCAUCUGACAGCAGUUUUGUCUCCCUCCAUCUUCAUCAUCACCAGGCAGCAUGGCUUCUGAUCAGAAGGCUCCUCUGGGCUCCAUCGACAAUCCAAGGAAGUUCCUGGACCAGGACUUUGACGCUCUGCAGAAGGAGUGUCUGAAGCUUGGGAAGCUGUUUUCUGAUCCAACAUUUCCAGCCGAGCAGAAGUCCAUUGGCAUGCCGGAAGAUCCUAAUCCUGCUAAGGCAAUCAAAUGGAAGCGACCCAAGGAAAUCAGCAAGGAUGCUGUGUUUGUGGAUGAAACAACUGGGACCACUGACAUCUGCCAGGGCCAACUGGGUGACUGUUGGCUGCUGGCAGCUCUGUCCUCGCUCACCGUCCACUCACAACUCUUUGCUAAGGUGGUACCACCCAACCAGAGCCUGACUGAGCCCUACGCUGGGAUCUUUCACUUCACGUUCUGGCAGUAUGGUGAGUGGGUGGAAGUGGUGGUGGAUGACAGGCUGCCAGUGCGCGAUGGUCGUUUGCUCUUCAGCUACUCACGCGCCCGUAACGAGUUCUGGAGCGCCCUGGUGGAGAAGGCCUACGCCAAGUUGGUUGGAUCGUAUGGGAGCCUGAAGGGGGGCAACAUUUCAGAGGGCAUGGAGGAUUUUACAGGAGGAAUUGCGUACUCUCUUCCUGUUGCUUCUCGCACCCCUCCGGUCCUCUGGAGAUCAUUGAGUGCUGCUCUGACCCGAGGCAGCCUGCUCAGCUGCUUCAUCCAGGCUCACACCUACAGUGAUGUCGGUAAAGUGACACCAGACGGGCUGGUGAUGGGUCACGCCUAUGCAAUCACCAAUUCAGACAAGGUGAUGAAAGGAUCUGAGGAGGUUUUGUUGCUGAGGCUGAGGAACCCCUGGGGUUUUGUUGAAUUUUGUGGUUCCUGGAGUGACAAAUGUAAAGACUGGGAUGAAACAGACCAGGCAGAGAAGGACAGAAUUAAGCUGAAGCUGGAAGAGGAUGGAGAGUUCUGGAUCAGCAUUGAUGAUUUCAGCAAAACCUUCAACAUGGUGGAGCUCUGCAGCAUGAGUCCUGACUCUCUAGAGGAGGACACAGCUGCUGGCCAGUCCACCUGGACCGUCAGCGAGCACAAAGGAACAUGGGUAUCUGGGAGCACAGCUGGUGGCUCCCGCAAAAACAACAAAUCCUUCUGGAAGAACCCCCAGUUCCACUUGGUGCUCCAAGAGCAAGACCAGGAUGAGGAGGAAGAGGAGGAGGAGGAGGACAAUGACCAGCAGGAUGACGAUGAUAAACUUGAUGAUGGGGAUCAGAUGAUGACUGCAGAGGAGAAGAAGAAAGCACAGAAGCAGAAGCAGAAAGCCAAGCACUGCACCGUGCUGGUGGAGCUGCUGCAGAAAAACAGACGGCAGAAGGAUAAAACUAAUUUCCUUUAUGUAGCGUUUCAUGUCUACAAGGUUUCUCCCGAGAUGCAAGGUACUUGUCUGGACCGCAACUUCUUCAUGACAAAUCGCCCGGUGGGUCGUUCUGGAACGUACAAAGCUCAGAGAGGAGUGUGGAGGAAGCUGCGUCUGGACCCGGGGAACUACAUCAUCGUGGGAUCCACUUAUCGACCCAAUGCACCUGGAGAAUUCUUCAUUCGAAUUUUCUCCAAGACCUCAAACACGCUGGGAGUUCAGGACUUCAGCUGCUCUUCUGGCUACCGCCCAGUUAUGGCCACUCCUAUUUCUCCUGAAGAUCAGACAAGCAUUGAGAAAACUUUUGUUAAUAAAGCUGGCCCGGAUGACAGAUUGGAUGUCAAUGGGAUCAUGAAGCUGCUGAACUCAGUCAUUGAGAAAGAUUACCAUCUGCCUCUGGAGACAUGCAGACAGAUCAUCUUUGGAGAAGACACGGAGGGGCGCUCCACCCUCAGCCGUGAGCAAGUAGAGAAUCUGCUGACUGAUCUGCGCACCCUUCAGUCCAUUUUCAAUCAGUUUGAUGAAGACUCUUCUGGGACAAUGAGCCCCUUUGAGCUCAGCUUAGCACUAGAGGCUGUUGGAUUGCAGUGUGACAACAAAGUAGUUCAGCUACUGUCUGAGCGCUUUGUCGCAGGAGAACAAGAUCUGCCUUUCCAUGGCUUUGUCUCAUGUGUAACCAGGCUGCGCAAGCUUUUUGCUCUGUUUGACUCUCAGACCAACCAGGAGGUGAAGGACAAAGGGAUCAAUGCUUGGCUACUUCAGUUUCUGACACUGUGAAGAAGCUGCUCGCUGCAGGAGAGCAGAAAAUCUCAGAGUCAGAAAACAGGGAGACUUUUGCUUCCUCGCUGUUAUCGUUUCUCUUUUUGAUUUAUUUCACUACUAUUUGAUGUCUUGUGUAAUACUGUCACACAUUAAAAUAUAUCAUCAGACAAACAACAACACAACAUUCUUAAUGCUGAGUAUCCUUUUCCAGUCUUGCUGACUCUUUCCUAAAUAAAAAUUUUGUGACAACCUAA